GGAGUGAGGCGGGAGCCUAUCGCGCAGGCGUUUGUUGGGACACGCCGGCCAGACGUUUCUCAGCCAGCCUAGUUCUUCCCAGCGAAGAGCGGUUGUGUGGCCUCCAUUGUUCAGGAUUAAGCGAGCCAUGAGGGGUGACAGAGGACGUGGUCGUGGUGGGCGCUUUGGUUCCAGAGGAGGGCCUGGUGGAGGGUUCAGGCCUUUUGUGCCCCAUAUCCCAUUUGAUUUUUAUUUGUGUGAAAUGGCUUUUCCCCGGGUCAAGCCAGCACCUGAUGAGACCUCCUUCAGUGAAGCCUUGCUGAAGAGGAAUCAAGACCUUGCCCCUAAUUCUGCUGAGCAGGCUUCCAUCCUUUCUUUGGUGACAAAAAUCAACAAUGUGAUUGACAACUUGAUUGUGGCCCCAGGAACAUUUGAAGUGCAAAUUGAAGAAGUCCGGCAGGUAGGAUCAUAUAAAAAGGGAACAAUGACUACAGGACACAAUGUGGCUGACCUGGUGGUAAUACUAAAGAUCCUGCCAACAUUGGAAGCUGUUGCUGCCCUGGGGAACAAAGUCGUGGAAAGCCUAAGGGCACAGGAUCCCUCAGAAGACCUGCAUGGUAGAAGGAGAGAACUGAUUCCUAAAGGCUGUCCAUUGCUCUCUAUAGGAGUGUGAGUGUUCCCAGUCUCAUAUGCUCUAAAUAAAACAUAAUUUUUAAAAAAUUCAAAACAGAACAAUUAUGUUUUACAUCUUGAUUAUUUUGUUCUUUUAGUUUUGACCAUGCUGACUAAUGAAACUGGCUUUGAAAUUAGCUCUUCUGAUGCUACGGUGAAAAUUCUCAUUACAACAGUGCCCCCCAAUCUCCGAAAACUGGAUCCAGAACUCCAUUUGGACAUCAAGGUGUUGCAGAGCGCCUUAGCAGCCAUCCGGCAUGCCCGCUGGUUUGAAGAGAACGCUUCUCAGUCCACAGUUAAAGUUCUCAUAAGAUUGCUAAAGGACUUACGGAUUCGUUUUCCUGGCUUUGAGCCUCUCACACCCUGGAUCCUUGACCUACUUGGGCACUAUGCUGUAAUGAACAACCCCACCAGACAGCCUUUGGCCCUGAAUGUGGCUUACAGGCGCUGCUUGCAGAUUCUGGCUGCAGGACUGUUCUUGCCUGGGUCAGUGGGCAUCACUGACCCGUGUGAGAGUGGCAACUUCAGGGUACACACAGUUAUGACCCUAGAACAACAGGAUAUGGUCUGCUACACAGCUCAGACUCUGGUUCGAAUUCUCUCCCAUGGAGGCUUUAGGAAGAUCCUUGGCCAGGAGGGGGAUGCCAGCUAUCUUGCUUCUGAAAUAUCUACCUGGGAUGGAGUGAUUGUGACACCCUCAGAAAAGGCUUAUGAGAAGCCACCUGAGAAGAAGGAGGGGGAGGAAGAGGAGGAGAACACAGAAGAACCACCUCAAGGAGAAGAAGAAGAAAGCAUGGAGACUCAGGAGUGACCUUCCCUUUACUGUUUCUCCCCAAGGGAAGAGAGGCUAAGCCAGCCACCAUGGGGCUUUAGAUGGCGGCAUUUCUGUGGCAUAGGGAGACAGCAGGAAGGGAAACAAACUGAAAAGAAAAAAACGCUACUGUUUCGAUAGUGGCCAAGCAGCUAGAAGUCUCCCAUUUGUGACUGCGUAUGCCCUCUGUCCGUCUGUGAGGAAGCAGAAUGCCACACAUUCCCAAUAUUUAAACCUAACCACUCCCAACCAAGUACUUUGUGUUGAAAUGCUGUAAACGGUCAUUGAGUAUCUGGGAAUUUUUUUUUUUUUUUCUAAGAAAAAUGAUUAAAGUACUUCCUACUAGGGCUUUUGGUUUUAUUUUUCUUCAAUAUGUAGCAACUACAUUUGGCUUCUAUAACCUCAGUAGAAUUCAAGUUGAGUCUUUUAUUAUAAACAUUGAGAUUGCUGUUUUAAAUUAUAUAAAUUGAAAGUAAUAGAUUCCUAGGAUACCAUUGUGAUGGCUAAUUUCUUCAGCUUGGCCUAAAAUAACCUGAAAUUUCUGCAAAGGAUUAACCCUAAAUGUGGGGUGAAAGCAUCUUAUGAGCUCAGUGCAUGGACAGAAUAAAGGGAUAAAUGGCAGAGUCCAGCAUUCCCUUCUCUUGGAAGCUUGAUCACCUCACAUUCUCAUGUCUCAAAAUAGGCCCCAAAAUAUGCAUCAGUGUGACCAUGUCCUGAACCCUUUGAAACCAUAAUAAAAUAAAUUUUUUUGUUAAAAUAA